AUGUACUCGGGCCUGGGCACACCACCUGCGAACUCGGCCACACCCCGACGGGUGGGCACACCUCGACGUGCUGGGUCUCGUGCAGCGACUCGUGCGGCGUCGCAGGCGUUGCAGACGUUGCAGUCGGGCGAGACCACGCCUCGAGCCUCACCCGAACCCAGCCUCGCCGGCUCGCAGUACGGCAGAGGGAUCUAUGGUCAACCCGCUCCCCAGAGCUAUGGUCGCCCACUUCCGAUCGCAGCUUCGAGUCGUCGUGCACAGAGCUCGAUCGCAGCUUCGUCCGACGCGGGAGGCGACGACGACCGACGCUCCGUUGUGGGCUCACGACCUACAGAUGAGUCACUCGACAAGGUGCUCGUCAGGGAUGAGUACUUCGUCGUGUUCGAACGUAAGGGACUGCCCGUGGAGGUGCAGCAGAUCGUCUCGAGUGCAGGUCAGUCCCCUUUUUUUUGCUCUGCCUCCCCCGUGGUUCAGUCGCUGACGACCCCAUCUGCCCAUCCAGACCCCUACGUCGACCCUUUCCGUGCAACACUCGAUCACACCACUGGAUUUGCGUGCCUCGUCACGCGCGAAUACUGCUUUGUCUGGAACUGGACAAAGGUGAGCACGCCAAGCGGAACCGUCUUGCUCCUCUCGAGAGACACGAGCUCACCUCUCUCCCUACUCUCUCUGUCGCUUGGACAUCCGUCGGUCAGCGCUCGAGUGCAUCAGCAACCUACAUCUUCCCACUACCCAAGACCGACUCGCUCCCUAGCAACGUCUCUGUCUAUGCGCCCCUCUCGUUCGCCAGCUUCGUCGUUUCCUCGACCGGUAGCGCUUCGUCUCGACGAGAGCCCGGUCUCCUGGCCGUGUCGACGACCGGUGAACUUCGUUUCUGGGAAGCUCUAAGCAUGGCACUUUCCGGCGUUGAGCGUUACCUCGGUGCAUCUCUUUCCCUCACCGAGGGCGAACUCGUCCGCGGACUCACGACCCUCUCCCCGACCUCGUACGUCGUCAGCACCAGCCGUUCGCGUGUCUUGCUCAUCGCUCUCACCUCGAUCGGAGGUCGCGUCGAUGUCAACGUGCGUCCCUUGGAGCGAAGUGUCGGAUGGGCAGGCUCGGUCUGGUCCGCCGUCUUUGGCGGCAAGAACACCGCCGAUCCCACCGCCGGCAUCCUCUCCGUUGCCGUGUCCCCCGUCCCGUCCACACCGGACGGGGGCAAACACCUCAUCUACGCCGUCACCGACACGAACGUACAUGUCUGGGAUGUGCCUCUGCGGGACGAUGGCAGUGAGCGUUUGAUUGUCGAGCAGGACGUACUCGCCGGUAUUCUCGAGGCGCUCGAGGGGGCCAAGGUCGGCAACGAGGCAUGGGCCACGAACGAACGACGUGCUACGAUCCUCGACACUGCUGUCACAGCUUCGGGCCAUUUGGCGUUGCUCGUCUCCCACGUCACACUCACAACGGCAUCAAAGUCGCUAUCAUACUCGAUCGUGCUGCUUGACGUCGGAAACGCGCAGCUUGGCGUCGACGUCGUCGGGGUCCGACACCUGCACUAUCAAGCUCCGGUUGAUCCCCGACCUCUUUCUUCACCCAGAAUCAAUCUCGGACCCAACUCUAUCGCCUUUGUCGUCUUUGUCGACGCCGUAAUUGUGGCGUCGCUCGAAGCGACCUCGGCGUUUGAAGAGACGUUCCCGCUUCGAAACAACACGAACCGCUUUCUAGGCUACUCGUCUCGAUCGAACAACGCCAAUGAGCCUUUGGUGCUCUUGACCUCGACUCCCUCGAUCCUAUCCCUUCAGCUCAACGCCGCGACCUUGCCCAGCCUGGCGACGUACGCCGUUCCCGCGUCCGAAGCGGCCAAAACGCGCCAGCUCAAGGUCAAGAUUGAGCAAGCCGUCUACUUUGGUGCCGACGAUGCAACAAACCCCUUGGCGUUUGAUCUCUCGCCCAACUUUGAGGGCGACUUGGUCCUUGCCGCCGAAGCCGUGAGCUCGCAGAUCGCGUCAUCGUCCUCACCCCAUGCACCCCACAUCAUGGACCUGAGGGCUCAACUGGCCGACCGUGCGUCACGUGCCAGGAUCCUCAUUGGCUACAUUGGUUCGAACGGAUUGCUGGGCAAGCUCCCGCAGAGUGCGAGAAGACGUCUCAGCUGGGAUGCCGAGCGACUCGCCGGAGCUGUCGCUCUGUGGCAUCAUCAGAAUUCUCGCAUGGGCGCAGCAGACUCGUUCGGUCUGCUCUCGAACGCGAUCUCCAACUUUUUGAACGCGGCCGGUGAUAUCGUCGACGAUCCCGUACGUCUCUUUUUUCGGACGCGGGUCGCCUCGUUCGCGAACGUAUUGGAGGAAGUCUACCAGCUGGCUCGUCGUGCGUUGUCCGAUACGUCGCUGCGGAGCGAGCAACGCUCGCGCAUGAUUCACGAGGCGAACCAAGCAUACCUGCUCGUCUUUACCGCCGUCGCUCGGCAUCGUCAAGAUACGCGUGCACACUAUGCGCUCGACCAAGAGGUCUUACCCCUCGAAGCCUGGUCCUCAAAAGCUUCGAUCAUCGAAGCGCUUCAAUGGCAGUUCGAACAAACCGACGCUUUGUUACGCGAACGCGUCCGGGAAAUGGGCUCAUCAUUGGAAGAGGAGAACAUUGGCGCCACCGGACCGAGCGAACAACAAAAUCUGCAAGCGGAGUUGAAGAAGCAGAUGGUCGGGUUGGCGGAAGCGACUUUUUCGGCGUUCGGGGAGAGGUUGUUGUUCCUUCAGACGGGGGAGGGGGAGGAUCCGAAUUCGGUCAAGGCGAGGGAGUGGUCGGAGAGGUAUUUGUCUCAACGCGCCAAGUUCAUCAAGAUGCUUGGUGCGUCAAUUCUUGUCUGCUGUGCUUGGAAGCAGAGAUUGUGGUUGCUGACAUCCCCCUGAUGCCACACCUAGUCAACAUCGGCAAAGUGACGCACGCCUACGAACUCGCCGAGCGUCAUCGCGACUUCCGCAGCUUGGUCGAACUAUGCACCGAUCCUGUUCGAGGCUCUCCCGCUCGCACGGAUUUUUUCCUGCGCAAAUACGCAAAAGAGUUCGCGUUCCCGUUGUACCAAUUCUACAUCGAGAUGGGGCAGUUGCGCACGUUGUUGGAGCAGGAUGAGGUUUACCGACCGCUGUUGACGCAGUAUUUAGAUAUAACGGACAAUCAAAGUCAGCAAGGGGUAUCUCCGCGUCAGCCUCGUAUUAUGUGCUGACGUUUCAUCUUGCGACAGAUAUCUCGUGGAUUAACGAUAUUGCGAUUGGUCGCUACGCACAGGCCACGGAGUCCCUCGUCUCGGAAGCGCAGAAGGAAAUUUACCUCGUGCAGAAGAAGGUGAUCACUCCCUGAUCGGUAUGGCAUCUUUGACUUUCGAUCCCUUAGCUGAUCCAGUAUUCGGUUUCAAAGAUGAUGUUGAGCCUCGGCAAGUUAUCCCAAGUCGCACAAGCUUCGCGUGAAACGCUAGGAUCGGAGAGCGUGCAGCGAGCCAUCGAAGGUGAGUGCCACAUCUCUAACCCCGUCACAUCAUGCGUGGCAAGGAAUUGAAUGUCAACGGUCUGCGCUUUAGCUCUCGAUGACAAGCUCGACCUCGUCAACACCCAAUCGAUGCUGCACCAAUCCUUCCUCUCGACCCUCCCCUCCUCGCUCAACUUUGCCUCCCCCUCAACCCAAGCCCAAUCCAUCACCGAGAACCUCACCCCCCAUCUCCCCCACGCCCUCCGAUCCCUCUUCCAUCACCUCACCUUGGACCUCCUUACCUCCCGAACUCUAAGUUCAGAAGACUUGAUCGACCUCCUCACACUCCCCAUGGCGAAUUCGAUCCCUUCCCCUUCUUCUUCCGCCUCAUCGGACCAUUGCACAGCCCUCGAGAUCCUCCUUCGUUCUCAAUCGAACCUCCCUCAUCAACGCUACGACUCCGCUUUACGAACGAUCUGGAGAAGGAUCUACCUCUCCGACGCUUGGGACCAAAUCAACCUUCCCCUCAAAGAGGGAUUGAGCGAUCAAGAGCUCGUGCAAGCCUUGAUGGGGACGACGUUGUUCAGGACGCUGAGAGAUUUGAAGAGAAGGGAAGUUGGGGAGGAGUUGGGGGAGGAACAGAAGGUCGUUUUAGGGCCGGAAGAAGCGGCUUUCGAAUACGGUGUAGGAGAAGAGGAAGUAGGACCUAGAUUCGAGGGAAAGGAGGGUAUGGAUCGGGAGUUGGUCAGUGGAGUCGUGGAUGCGCUGAGAGGGGAAUGCGAGAGGUUGAACGAGAGCUUGGGGAGGGAAGGAUUAGGGGAUUAUUGUAGGGAGAUUGAGAGGUUGUUGGCUCAGGAGGAGGAGGGAGGGGAUGAUGUCGUCAUGGUUUGA